UAUGAGGGAGCCCAUGUGUAUGGUUAAAGCACGGGGAUCAAUCAUCUCGCCCAGAAAAACGGAGACUGAACAUUUAUUUGUAUCCCAGAAGUGAGUGACAGGGGUCCUCUAGGCGUCUGCUGAAGUCAGGAACCAUGUUGCUGGAAAUACUCCUCACCUUUGUGCUGGGCUAUGCCAUCUACUGGUUCCUCUGCGGGGAUAAAGAGGAGUCUUUGCCGAUGGAGGAUGGGUGGUGGGGGCCUGGGGUGAGGCCCACAGCUGGUGAGGACGAGAGCAUCCGGCCCUUCAAGGUGGAAACGUCGGAGGAGGAGAUCAAGGAUUUACACAGGAGGCUGGAGAACGUCCGCUUAACGGCCCCUCUGGAGGACAGUCGCUUCCACUACGGCUUCAACAUCAAUUAUCUGAAGAAAGUCAUCACCUACUGGAAGAAUGAGUUUGACUGGAGGAAGCAGGUGGAGAUUCUCAACAAAUACCCGCACUUCAAGACCAAGAUUGAAGGACUGGACAUCCACUUCAUCCACGUGAAGCCCCCCAAACCCCCAUCGGGCUGCACCCCAAAGGUCUUGCUGAUGGUACACGGCUGGCCUGGUUCCUUUUACGAGUUCUAUAAGAUCAUCCCUUUCCUGACGGACCCCAAGAGCCACGGCAUGAGUGAUGACCUGGUGUUUGAGGUCAUCUGCCCGUCCAUCCCCGGCUACUGCUUCUCCGAGGCAUCCUCCAAGAAGGGCAUGAACUCCGUGGCCACUGCUAGGAUCUUUUACAAACUGAUGAUGCGGCUGGGCUUCCAGGAAUUCUAUAUCCAAGGCGGGGACUGGGGAUCCCUAAUCUGCACCAACAUAGCCCAGUUGGUGCCCAGGCACGUGAGAGGCCUGCACUUGAACAUGGCGUUCGUUUCCAAAAACAUCCACUUCUUCACUCUUCCCUUGGCCUUACGUUUCCCGAAGUUUUUCGGCUACACUGAGAGAGACAUGGAGCUGAUGACCCCCUUCAAGGAGAAGGUUUUCUAUAGCAUCAUGCGGGAGAGCGGCUACAUGCACAUCCAGUGCACCAAACCCGACACUGUGGGUUGUGCUCUGAACGACUCUCCCGUGGGCCUGGCUGCCUAUAUCCUGGAGAAGUUCUCCACCUGGACCAAUCCAGACUUCCAAGACCUGGAAGAUGGAGGACUGGAAAGGAAGUACACCCUGGAUGAUCUGCUGACCAACAUCAUGCUCUACUGGACCACAGCCUCCAUCACUUCCUCCCAGCGCUACUACAAGGAGAACCUGGGCCAGGGCAUCUUGACCCAAAAGCAUGAGACGAUGAAGGUCUUUGUGCCCACGGGCUUUGCGGCCUUCCCCUGCGAGCUAUUGCAUGUGCCCGAAAAGUGGGUGAGGGUCAAGUUCCCGAAACUCAUCUCCUACUCCUACAUGGCCCGCGGGGGCCACUUCGCUGCCUUCGAGGAGCCGGAGCUGCUGGCCAAGGACAUCUGCAAGUUUGUGAAGCUGCGGGAGCGGCAGUGACCCGGCGGGCCCCGCUCCUGCUGACACCCACCCCGUGGGAAAGGGGCCGGCAGGGAGUUCUCCAGGGGAGGCAGCCUCCCCUUUCCAAGGAACAAGUUUGCUCCAACCCCUGCCUGUGCCGGCUCCCUGUGCUCACCCCCCAGCCCCCUGUGCACCCCCACACCGUAAGCACCCCCACACCGUAAGCAACACGGCUUUGAUAAUAAAUGACUUUACUCUUAAGAACA